AAUGCAUCAUCCAAAACUAUUUUAUAUUCAUCAAAUUGAAAUCGAAGUCAGAACCUAUACAUCUUGUACCGACAGCUUCAGGAUGCACCAGCCAAGCGAUAUUGUCUUAUGCUUGAUGCAAGSCAAUUUUACCGACAUAUUGAGGAAGACUGAAAUUCCAUGCUUCAAAAUUAUUUCAAUUGAUGAUGGAGACGUUUUACAUCUCACCGUAUUCUCUCAUCAACAAGCGAAUGCCAAGAAAGAAGUUGCAUUCAGACUUCUCGAAAAUUUCCCCGACGAUACCGUCCAAACAGAUGGAAUUGUCGAAACAACGUUCCGUAGGCUGCACGAUAGCGAUGAUCUCCAGAUCGCUCUCCUUAUCAGCAAUAAUAACAACCAAGUCAAAGCAUUCGUCAGGCCUUCCAGCGUCGAACCAUUUCGUCAAAUCAAAGUUCUUUCUAACCCGUCUAAACAUCUUCUCUAUUCGAGAAGUAAAGGUCUUCUGGAGUCUGGACUACUUGAAGAAAGAAAGGUCGCUAUAAUCGGACUGGGUAGCGGAGGAUCUACAGUCGCCAUAGAGCUAGCAAAGGCUGGUGUGGGCCAAUUUGUACUUGUUGACUACGACCGUAUCGAGCUGAACAACAUCGUUCGUCAUACAUGUGGUGUGAGCGACCUUGGUAGACUCAAAACUAAAGCCAUUCGUGACCRCAUUAUGGAUAAAAAUCCUUUUGCCAAGGUAGAGAUCUACAAUUGCAGCAUCAAUGAUCAAGAAAAUACACGAAAGAUUUUAGCGGGCUGUGAUCUCAUCGUUGCUGCGACAGACAACAUACGCAGUCGUCUAAACAUCAACACAGUGUCCCUUGAGCUUAACAUUCCCGUCUUGUAUGGAAAGUGUGCCGUAAGAGCUGCAGGUGGAGAGGUCGUUGUUAUCAGGCCUCACAAUGGGCCAUGCUUUAGCUGUGUUUACAAAAAUGCUUUCCUAGAUGCAGAUAAAGAAGAGGUUUCCUCGUUUCGACAGGCAAGAGAGAACAACCCAAGUUAUGUAUCUGACAGUGAAGUCGAGGCGACCAUCCAAGUAGGUUUGUCAUCGGACAUCAUUCCCAUCAGCAUCAUGAUAGUCAAGAUAGCUCUUGUCGAGUUAUGCAGAGGAAAAGACAGCGCCUUAAAGUCACUGGAAAAUGAUUUCAGAAAUGCUUACUACAUGUGGUCAAAUCGUCGAGAAGGUCAGUCUGCUUGUUAUCCCGAGGAUGGUUUUGACAAGUUCAAUGUGCCAAGCGUACUACGAUGGUACUCAAUGGAUGUGAAAAAAGAUGACAACUGCUUAGAAUGUAGUCUCAAGUAAAGUCAACAACUUUGACGAAGGAAAUGAUGAAAACUCAAACCUUUAAUUGGAUGUGGGCAUUUGUUAAUCGCAAGGACAACUACAGAAAUGUACGAUCUUAGCAUCACUAACUCACAAAUAUAAUUAGCUAAAUAUGAAUGUCUUAUUUUCGGUGCAUUUGUUCUUUCACCAGCCACAUACCCUGCUUUUUUCUCCCUUUUUCUUCUUUUCUUUUUUUUUUUUUGUUUUUGUUUUUGUUUUUGCUCUCUUUCUUUCCUUCUUUCUCCCUUUGUGUUUUUCUUUAUUCCUCUUUAAGCCUUUUUUUCUUCUCAAUUUUGGUUGGUGUAUACAAAUAUAUUUGUUAAUUAGUCGGGCUAGCCAGGCGAGGUCGACUGUAGUUCUGCCGUUUUGCCAAUGUUUUUAUGUAUGUAUAUGCUUACGUUCUGACCGCAGAAAAUUUACAGUCAUAAGAUAUCACUGAUAUUCAAAUGCAUGGUGAAAGCGUUUGAGUAUCCCAGAAAAGCAACAAUGCGCGUUUGCAUUUCAUAUUGUUUGGACGCGUACGCGGUUUUUGAUUAAGGCAAUUCUGGCCGGUACUGUAUUAGUUUACCAUUUGAUAUAGCAUAUCAGUCAAAGCACGUUUAAGUUGGUUCAAAGCACGUUUAAGUCGUUACAUGUACAAAAAAAUUUCGAUAAUUAUAUGUUAAGUAGGUUCUUUUCUUUAUUAAAUGUAGCGGCUAAUUCAAGAUUAUGCAAAUUUUCAAGUAUCAUGUGACAUUAUGUAAAUCAUGUAAUUUGUCUAGGCGCCAAAGAUGUUACCAGAGAACACAUUUGUAAGAGUUAUGUUAGUUUUCAAUGGAAAAUUAAACUCAUUGUCUUUGGAUCGUCAACAACAAGCAACCUAGUGCCAACAUUAAAUUAACCUUAAAUGUUA